AUGUUCUGGAUUGUUUCCUCUCUUAUUGAUGAAAGGCUUCCAUCAGAACCAGGAAUCAAACCGGCGGUGACCCUGAACGUCAGACCAGAACCUGGAGAUGUGUGUGCGUGCGAUUCUGAGCUGGGUUCCCCCGGAUGGAGGGAACCUCUGGACUGUGUCCGAGCCUCUGAACUGUGCAACCAGAACAGCCAGUGCAGCUCCCGGUACCGGAUCAUGCGGCAGUGCCUCUCCGGGGGGGACAAGGAGCGCAGCGCCAUGCUGGCCUCCAAGGAGUGCCAGGGGGCGCUGGAGGUGCUGCAGGACUCACCGCUGUACGACUGCCGCUGCAAGAGAGGCAUGAAGAAGGAGCUGCAGUGUCUGCAGAACUACUGGAGCAUCCACAUGGGCCUGAGUGAGGGAGAAGAGUUUUACGAGACGUCUCCAUACGAACCGAUUCAUUUCUCUGAGGAAUUCCGACACGCCUCCAUCAUCUCAGGUAUGUAUUCCUCUUUGUCGAGGAGGAGCCCCUGCUCUGAGGCGGGGAAACCCUGUAACCCGUGUCUGGACGCAGCGAAGGCCUGUAACCUGAACGAGACGUGUAAACGCCUACAAUCCGCCUACAACUCCAUCUGCAGCAAGGCCACGCCCCCCCAGCCCUCCGUGGCCAAUCAGGAGCCGUGCAGCCGGAAAAGAUGUCAGAAGGCCCUGCGUCAGUUCUUCGAGCGGGUCUCCUGGGAGCUCAGCUACCCGUUGCUCUUCUGCUCGUGUCCGGAUCAGGCGUGUGCCGAGCGCCGCCGCCGCACCAUCGUCCCGUCCUGCUCCCACCAGGAGAGACACAAGCCCACCUGUCUGGAGCUCCGGCACACCUGUCGCUCCGACGCUCUCUGCAGGUCUCGUCUCGCUGACUUCCACAUGAACUGUCAGAUGACGUCUCACAGUGUCACCGGCUGUCCUCACGAUAACUACCACGGCUGCCUGAUGUCCUACGUCGGCCUCAUUGGCUCUGACGUGACGCCUAACUACAGUGACAGCAGUCCGUCCAACAUCACCAUGAGCCUGUGGUGCACCUGCAGGGGAUCGGCCAAUCAGGAGCCUCGGUGUGACGCCUUCCAGCGGGACUUCACUCACAACACCUGCCUCAAAAACGCCAUCCAGUCGUUUGGUUAUGGAGCAGAAGGAGGAACUUUUAUGGUGACCGAGCCGUCCUCCACCUUCCCCCCCGCCCGGCCGCCAAUCAUCUCUAACCCCGCCCCCUCUCUCCACGGCAAUGCCAUCAAACCCCUGGACAGCGCCUGUAUGUUCUCCACCUGUGCUAACCUGCAGGACGGAGGCCCAAAGUGCGUUCCCUCUGAUGACUUUGAGUGUGAGGAGGCUCUGUUGGCUCAGGGCUCAAUCGACUCUCAGGACUCUGCAGGACCAAAGAGCAGCAGCCAGAGACCAGCUCCUCUCCUCCUCCUCCUCCUCCUCCUCUGUGUGUGUGUGUCCGUCCUGUUUCUACGCCUCGUCUCAUAAACAUGAACUCACACAUGCACACUGUACACACACACACAAACACUCACAAACACACACACACUCAUAAUGGCAAAACCCAGAGAGUGUCACGUGACUCGGUGCCCUCCACUACGAGAAAAUGUCAACCAGCAGACGUCCAAACUACAACAACAG